UCAAACUCAUGAACCAUGAGAUCAUGACCUGAGCCGAAGUCAGACGCUCAACCAACUGAGCCACCCAGACACUCUAGGAGUAGUUCCUGUAGUCUCAAAUGAAGCUCUGGGAACUGGUUCACAGGGUUUAUAUAGUUAUAACAUUUAAAUGCUGCUUCACAUAGUUCUAAAUUUGGGCCAAGGUAGUGUCCAUUUUCUUAUGACCUUGCUAAUAAGGGACAUCAUCAGUCUUUUAGACCUUCCAGUCAUGUCACUGUAAAAAUAAAUUGUUUUUGUUUUAUAUACAUCUUCAUAAUUAGUAGUGAGGUUUAAUAUCUUUUGAAAGGUUAUUUCUAUUUUUUAUUGAAUUGCCCUUGGUCAGGUUCCUCUCAAUGAAAUAGAAAUCUAGUCUUGAGAGGCAAAAACCUAAAGUUGAAAGGUAGUGUUUUAGUUUGAGAAAUGUGGACUCAAAACAAAGCUUUGCCACUUGAUAGCUGUGACUUUGGGCAAACGAUUUCCCCCCUGAGCAUUAGUUUCCUGAUCUCUUGAGAGAUGAGAAUACAUUGCAGAGCAGUGCUGAGGGUCAUCAGGUGAUGUAUAUGAAGCACCCAGCACGUAACAGUUCUCAAUGAAUGGUGGUGGUUGACUGACUGCAGUGAUCAGGGAUCCCCUUGUCUCCACCUUGGAUACUGAAAGAGAGGGGGAACGUGCACAGGCUGUCAUGGUAUGAGAGGUCCUGAUUGGGAAACAGAGUAGUGAGUGGUCUUGGCUGGGGAAAGGCCAGUGCAGUUUUACAGUGGUAGCAGCUGCCAGGCUCAGUCUGUGGUUUUCAGUCUUCGUAUUUAGGAAGUUCAGACAGGAUCCUGGAGGGCUCAAGAGGCCGUAUAUGGAUGGUAUCGCGUUUUCUCAGCCCUGAAAAUUUGUACUGGAGGGAGGAGAAGUCCGAUGUCAGGACCAGAUCCACAUUACUAGAUAGGAAACUGGUCACAAGUCUUCAGAAGUGUUUGGGCUUUUACAUCAAAUCCAUUAUUGUUCAGCUGGGUUCCUUCAAGGCUUGGAUUUCUUCAGACUCCUACUCUCCUCCAGGUUUUGUGGGUAUGGGAUCAGGGUGAGUAGAGUAGUGGGGAGUAGUUAAGAAGUAGGAAUGGAAAAGAAAAAAGCUCACAUUAACAUUAAGUCCUUUUGGAAUCUCUGAGGUACAUUUGGUUUCAUGGCCUCUUUUUCUUCCAGAUCUGGCUUAUCUGGACUCUGCGGUUCUCCAAAGAGAAAUCUUGAAAAGGACUGACCAGUUCUUGCAUUUUGAAACCAUGGCCCAUGGUUCAGUGACAUUCAGGGAUGUGGCCAUAGACUUCUCACAGGAAGAAUGGGAAUUCCUGGACUCGGCUCAAAGAGACUUAUAUAGGGAUGUGAUGUGGGAGAAUUAUAGUAAUUUCAUCUCACUUGCAGAACCUUCCAUUUCUAAACCAGAUGUGAUUACCUUAUUGGAUGAAGGGAAGGAGCCCUGGAUGGUUAUAAGGGAAGGGACCAGAAGACACUACCCUGUGUCAAGAACUGUGAAGCAUCUGCAAUUUUACCCUACAUGCAAGCUAACAAGUUAGCCUGCUGCAGUGUCAUGGAUGCUGGCAAAAGAUACAAGAGUCCUAAACCAAAGAUGAGGAUUUUAUUGCUCAACAAUAAAACAGCACAACAAAUGGCAUGAACAUCAACAUAUUUGCAUCAUUCCUAUUUUGCCCACAAACCCCAUGGGAGUGUUGUGCAUGGGUCUAGAAGGAUACUUGAACAUGCAGUGAGCUGCAUAAUAAGAGAAGAACCCUGAAGGUAGAGAACCCAAAUCUUUAAUAAUGGGCAAUAAGCACGAGUGACCUUUGCUCUGAGGGAGACACUACCUUUAUUAUAUUGAACAGUUAGCAAACCUGCCUAUUGAUCCAGAGAGAAAUACUAUCCCUACCUUCCGAGGUUGUUGGUUAUACAAACAUUCUUUAAAAGAUAGUCCAGAACAAAGGCAGUUAAUACUUCUUGCGCGAUGUGCAAAAAUGAGAGACACCCAUGGUGAGUUGUUCCUGAAUACCUAGUUGCUAUUUUUUACUUUGUUUGAGUGGCUUCAUUAUUUUUUUUAGCAAAUGGUUAAUAGGUUUCACUGACUUUUUUCAAACAACCUAGGUUUUUAAUUUGUGUUAAUUUCAUUUUUUUUUCUGUUAUC